GAUGUCCUCGCAGGCGGCCCAGCACCACCCGUGCAAGUCGAUGCUGUCCUCAAAAAUGGACGCGGCUUUCAACUCUCAACGGGCGUGGAGGUGGGUGAGGCUGUUUUCAUCCUGAAUGGUGAAGGCCUGCUAUGGCGGCCACACGUCAAGAUUGACAAGAAGAACAUCAUGACGAUUGACUUGGAGGCCUUUGGCAUCUUGGAUGUGUGUGCAGUGAAGCCUGACAUGCUCAUCCUGGGGACUGGCCUACGGAAUGAAUUUGUGAGUAGCACUGUACGGGAUCACUUGCACAGCAUGGGGAUCCAGGUGGACACGAUGGAUACACGGAACGCGGCGAGUACGUUUAAUGUGCUUGCUGCAGAAGGCAGAUCUAUUGCCUGUGCACUCUUGCCU